AUGGAUUUAACUGAAAAAGAUAAUAGUUUAUCCUGUACACAACGCUGUGUCAGUUGCUUAUAUUUCGAGGACGAUAGAGUUCUGCAAAAUUUUAAAUUACAGAAUGAAGCACUAAAAGCAGUUUUUCAGGUAGAUUAUUUAUGUCUUUGCUAUCUAUGUAAAAGGAAAAUAGAGAAUGCCGAGCUGUACAUACAGACAGUUCUAAAUAACCAAAUAUUGUUGGAAAAUUUGACAAAAUUUUCAGAUGAAACAAUAUCGACUUUAACAAGUCAAACACAACCACUUUCUAGUCUCAGUAAAUUAUCAUUAGAUAUAAUAGAAUUAGAUGGAAGUGACACACAGACAUCUGAGCCAACUCUUGUAUAUAAAUAUGGCGUUUACAAAGAUUCUCAAGUUAAGAUGGAAUUUAAAGUUGAAGAUGAAAACUAUUUGGACAGUGCUGCAAAUGACUUUAUAGAUGAAAUUGAUUUUGAUUAUGGUGUAAAAGAAGAGGAGGGAUCGUUGGAAAAUGCUUUGGAAACUGAAAGCAACUUAGCUGAAUUGCAAUUAGUAUGCCUUGGAACGAAUUUAGGAAAAAGUAAGGUGAAAAAGAAAAGUGGAAGUAAAAAGAAAAAUACAGAUUUUGAUAAUGGUGUAAAAGAAGAGGAGUGCUUGUUGGAAAAUGUUUUGGAAACUGAAAGCAACUUAGCUGAAUUGCAAUCAGUAUGCCUUGGAACGAAUUUAAAAGAAAGUAAAGUGAAAAAGAAAAGUGGAAGUAAAAAGAAAAAUAUAGAUUUACAUCAAGAUUUAAAGGACGAAGAUCUUGAUGCCUUUUACAAUUCAAACAUGAAAGACAAACAUAUACCCAAAAACUUGGAAAAGGACGAACAAAAUAUUAAACGUGAUAAUGUUGUAAUAAAUUCAGAAAAUAACUUUAAAAUAAAAAAGUUUUACAUAACAAGGGCACAAUGUAUGAAGGAAUUAGCACAGAAGGCCAAGGAAAAGACUUUCCUAAACUCACCUUAUAAAUGUAGGCCUUGUGUUAAGGGUUUCACGUUUAAACCUAGUUAUGAUAAACACCUCGAAUUACAUAGUAAGCCGAUGGGAGACUUUGAAUGCGAUGUUUGCACGAAAAGAAUGGACACGGAGGAAAAGAUGACGCGUCACAAGAAAUCUCACAAAAUGCGUUUCGAAUGUGGCGUAUGUGGGUUAGUUCGUAUAACUAUGUCGGCAAUCACUGACCAUUAUACAGAGCACCAUUCGACCGGGACCGAAGAUUUCAUAUGCAAACUAUGCUCUAAGACUUUCAAGCGUCAAAUAUUAUUGAGAAAGCACAAUUAUUACUGGCAUAAUAACAAGGAACGGGUGACCUGUGCCUACUGUGGGAAGACGUACGCAAACAAGGACGUCCUCAAGUCCCAUAUUAUUGCAAAGCAUGCAGAGGAAGUGUCGCCCGUAGAUGCACAGAAGAGAUACAUGUGCAAAGUUUGCGGCAAGGCUCUAAAGACGCCUUCUCAGCUGAAAAUGCACAGCACCAAGCACUCGCACAAGCGGGACUACUAUUGCGUCGAGUGUGAUAAGCGCUUUAAGACAAAGGGCGCUUUGAAACAACAUUUGAAAAUAGCCACGCCACACGUCGUUUACAAUGAUUUACCAUUAGCUUGUUCGCAUUGCGAUAAGAAAUUUGCUAUAAAACGCGAUUUGGAAAGGCACAUGAAUGGAAUACACCUCAAUAUAAAACCAUUUCAGUGUGACAAAUGUGAUAAGGCGUACGUGAGCAAUUGGUCAUUGAAGGAACACAAGCAAGUUGUACACGAAGGGUACAAGCGGCCACUCAAGUACCCCUGCCCGAUGUGUGAUAAAGUUUUCGACCGGAACCCAAUAUUGAAAGUUCAUAUUCGCACGCACACCGGCGAGCGUCCGUACCAGUGCAGCAAGUGCCCAGCCACUUUCUCCCAGUCUGGAGUUCUCAACACUCACAUGAAGCUGAUACAUCUCAAGUUGAACAGGGACGGAAGACCGAAACGUAGCUUGAAAUAA